CUGGGUGGUGGAUGUGAGCUGGCCAUGAUGUGUGACAUCAUCUAUGCCGGGGAGAAGGCACAGUUUGGGCAACCUGAAAUCCUGCUGGGAACCAUCCCAGGUGCUGGUGGGACGCAGAGGCUGACCAGGGCGGUGGGGAAGUCACUGGCCAUGGAGAUGGUACUCACUGGUGACCGGAUUUCAGCAGCAGAGGCAAAGGAGGCAGGUCUGGUCAGCAAGGUGUUCCCUGUGGAGAAGCUGCUGGAUGCAGCCAUCGCCUGUGCCGAGAAGAUCGCCAGCAACUCCAAGCUGGUGGCUGCCAUGGCAAAGGAGUCAGUCAACGCUGCCUAUGAGACAACGCUGACAGAAGGGAACAGGACAGAGAAGCGUCUCUUCUACGCUACCUUCGCCACUAGUGACCGCAAGGAGGGGAUGACAGCAUUCGUGGAGAAGCGCAAGGCAAACUUCACCGACAGCUGA